CCUUUAUAAGCCGCAAAGCGUCACUCGGCACAUCACUCACUCACUCAUCUCUCCUCUGUGAUCAUCUCCACCAGUAUAGUCCACCAUGAAGAUCCUGGUCACUAUGGCUCUCGCUGGACUCCUCUCUCUGCUCUCUCUCUCUGGGAUCGAGGCCAUAGUGCAUCUGACCCAGGAGAAGAUCUUAAAUGUCAAUGUAGGACAGGAUAUAAAGAUUCUCUGCAGGAGGGAUACUACAACAAGCUGGGUCAUUUCAUGGUACCAGCAGAAAGUUGGAGAUACUCCAAAGUUCCUACUAGCUGAUGGCACCAGAGCCAGCGGCCUGUCCAGCAGGUUCUCCUAUACGGACAACGGCGCAGACGAGUACCUGAACAUCGCCCGAGUGGAAGCUGAAGACGAAGCCGUGUAUUACUGCGGCUGCAUCAUCUGUGACAACCAUGGCAGCAUCGGCGGAGGCACCGAGUUAAGAAUCGCUCGUCCGUCUUCUCCUCCGUCCCUGCUCCUGCUCGCUCCCUCGGUUUCUUCGCUCUCUGACGGUGAUGUCAGUGUGGUGUGUGUGGCUCGGGGUUUUUACCCUGACAGCGUUACCGUGUCCUGGUCUGAGAACAGCAGCAGCGUGACAGGGGACGAGGUGCAGACGACUCCGUCUGAGCGUCACGCCGACGGCACCUUCUCCCAGACCAGUCUUCUGAAGCUCACUAAGCAGCGCUGGAGCUCCGGGAGAACCUACACGUGCCGUCUGAGUCACCCAGCGCUUUCCACACCGCUGAGCCAGAGCACCAGCCUGGACCUGUGCGGCUAAACAAACGACCACACUGCUUUUUCAGCUGUUGCGUUUUUUUCUGUGUGUAACGCGUCUCUAGUCUUUAUUCUUUGUUGCUUCAAAUCUUUUACUAUAAAAAUAAAGCUACAAUGUUCAAUUAAAACCUUAUACUC